AUGGAGCCGAUUGAGCAACCGGCGUUGGACCCAUCGACGGGAUUCACCUGCGUCACUUGCCAACUCGUUUUCAGGAAUGCUGAAGUUCAGCGUGAACACUAUCGAACCGAUUGGCACCGAUACAAUCUGAAACGCCAGGUCGCCGAAUUGCCACCAAUCACCGAUGAACAAUUUCGAUCGAAAGUCUUGAUGUUUCGAGAAGAGAAAGAGCAAGCUUUGCGAAAUGCUGAAGAGGAGACGUCUCUGCUUUGCGAAGUGUGUAAUAAACGUUUCAACUCGCAGAAUGCAUAUUCUGAUCAUUUGAAAUCGAAAAAGCACCUGGAAAUUGUAAAGAACGGACGUCGUGGGCCGAAGCAGCCAAGAAAGAAGACUGCAACCACUUCCACUUCCACUUCAACUACGGUAACUACCAUUGAGAAGAUUGAAAAGAAAGAGCCAGAAGACGAGAAAAUGGAAUCAGAUGGCGAGGAAAGUGAUUCUUCCGGUUGGCAUACCGACAAUGGAAGUGACGAGGAGGAUGAAACGAUCGACAAUUGGGAUUAUGAUGAGGAUAAGGCCCUUCCGAUCACCUCGUGUCUCUUCUGCCCACAAACAGCUGGAACCUUUGACAAGAAUCUCGAGCACAUGAAGACCCGACACGAUUUCACAGUGCCUGACAAGCAAUAUUGUGCCGAUUUGGAGGGAUUGAUUCAGUAUUUGGGGUUAAAAGUCGGUGCUGGUAGAGUGUGCCUUUAUUGCCCGGAGUCGAAAGGACGUUAUGCGAGUAUUCAAGCCGUUCAACAGCACAUGAAUGAUAAGGAACAUUGCAAGAUCCCCCGUGAGCCUAAAUCGAUGCUCGAGUUUGCGGAUUGGUACGAUUAUAGCCCGUUGUACGACGAAUUGGCUAAUAAAGAGGCGCCGAUUGACGACGGUUGGACGCUGACAUUGCCAAGUGGUGCCAAGAUUGGUCACCGAGCCCUGAUGCGUUACUACAAACAGAAUAUUCGGGGAGUCGACUCGCAAAAGGAAGCACACCGGCUUGCUCUUGAAAAGGGGCUUAAUCAACCGAAAGCACUCAGCUGGAUAGGUGGAACUGGUAGUAGCGGCAACAAAAUGGUCGUGUCUAAAGGUGUGCUCAUUCAAGCGGCUCGCGACAUUCGAAUGAUGGAGAGGGCUCGUCGUCGUUUCGAUUUACGAGCGGCCGUCUGGAGCAAUAAACUCUUCAAGACACGCGGAAGAGUUGGUGACAAU